CAAACAACUAGGUACCGCUAACGUAACGAACACGUUAAUAAAAUGUGGCACCCCGGUUGGCAGCCUAUUUACAUAUCACCUGCUUCAAAAUAUUAGAGUGUACAGGAUAAGAACUACUCGUUGUGGGGUUGAUUUUUUUACUUAUAGCAAUUAAAAUGUUUAGAUUUGGCUGUAGGUUUUUGAAGUUUGUAAGGGAAAAUCGCUUGGUAAGAAACUCGUCCAAAGUUCAACUUUCUAAGCAAAAUAUCUACUGAUCUAAAGUCUCUUUGUUUAACUAGUUCCAAGUUGCACCGCUUUUAUAUAGUUUUGCAAAAACAAAAUGCUCUUUAGAUUUCUGCCGUUGACUGUGAAGACUUUCCAGGGGAAGACAUGCAGUAAUCUUUCUUCAAGAAACUUUAAGAUACUUCUAAGGAGUGGUGCUGUCAGUAAUGGCAGCUAUGAGAUCCCAGCCCGACAGUACUAUAAGAGACCUCAUUCAGAGGUGCCACCAGCUUCAUUUAGUUUCUUGACUGUAGAUCUCCGCAGUGACACAGUGACCAAGCCUGGGGCAGCGAUGAGACGGGCAAUGGCAGAGGCAGAGGUUGGAGACGAUGUCUUUGGAGAGGAUCCCACUGUCAAUGAACUUCAGAGACAGAUGGCUGAGUUGCUUGGUACAGAAGACACACUGUUUGUGCCCAGUGGAACCAUGGGGAAUCUCAUCUCAGUCAUGUGCCACUGCAGUGAGCGAGGAGCUGAGCUACUGGUCGGUGAUGAGUCUCACAUACACCUGUAUGAACAAGGAGGAACAUCACAGCUGGCUGGAGUGCACCCACGGACACUGAUGACUUUGCCUGAUGGUACCUUUGAUCUUAAUGAGCUUGAAUAUAAAAUCUGCCACAAUUACCCAGACCCUCACUAUCCUCGCACAUGUCUCAUCUGCCUGGAGAGCACACAUAAUAUGAAAGGCGGGUGUGUCCUUCCACUGUCAUUUUUCAAAGAAAUACGCACUAUAGCAGACAAAUACAAGCUGGCCGUACACCUAGAUGGAGCUCGACUGUUAAAUGCAGCAGUGUCUCUGAACAUUCAGCCAUCAGAGAUUGUUCAGUAUUGUGACUCAGUAAUGAUGUGCUUCUCGAAGGCUGUUGGUGCUCCUGUUGGUUCCAUUAUUGGAGGGAGUAAAGACUUCAUCCAGAAGGCUGUCCGUAUGCGAAAAGCACUUGGAGGUGGAAUGAGACAGGUUGGAGUCCUUGCAGCAGCAGCACUUGAGGCCAUGUCAGAUGCAAUGGAAAGGCUAAAGGCAGAUCAUCUCAAUGCAAGGAGGUUUGCAGAAGGUAUUCUGACAUUCUCAUCUCCACUUCUGUCCGUUGACCUCACAACUGUACAGACCAACAUUGUAAAAUUCAAGGUGGAAGACACACGCAUCUCUCCUGAAGAGUUCUGCAAGAGCCUGCAGACUGUGACAGAGGCAGAUACAAGCUCCAGGAGUGAAAGGGUUGCUGUUCUAAUGUCCCCCUACCCGGGUGGGAGAGUGCGGGCUGUAUGGCACCAUCAAGUUUCUGCACAUGAUACUGACCUGACAGUACAGAAAGUAAAAUAUGUAACAGAGAAAUACAAGACACAGCUCCUCACAAGUUGAUUUCAGUGUAGGCCCUUGGCUUUACAAAUGCAGAGAGGCCAAAUCACAGAAUAGUUCUGAUUAGCAGUUUUUACAUCUCACACACACUGUUUUCUGUAAUAUUUAAAAUCUUUUUGCUUUUCCAUUAUCAUCCUAUUAUCUCAGUAGCUGUAUAUGUAGACACAGAUUUGGAUUUAAAACUGUAGUACAUGUAGAGAUAAUACACAAAGUAUACAUAGGCAAAAUGUCAUUCAGAUAAAUGUUUAAAUGUGCACACAUUACAAUGUUUGUGAAGCUUGAGACCUUUUUAAACUGUUUAAACACUACACUUGUUCUUAUAACAUUCUAGGAAUAUCAUAUCCCUGGAUCUUUUUUUAUUUUUAUUUUUACUUGGAUGAUGUAUGAUGAGGAAAAGCAAACUGAUCAGGUUUUUAUUGUAAUAAGCGUGUAUUUAGCUAUACAGCUUCUGCCUCCCCCACACCAUAAAUAUUACUCUUUUUCCCCUUUUUUCUCACAUUUUGCAUUACUUUCCAUCUUUUUCCAGAAGUCAUUGUUUUUUAGAUGCUCAGAGGUACAUAUUAGAAUAUAUUUUAACAACCUUUUCAUCCAGUAAUGGCCUGAACAAAAAAUUAUGACUAAGGAAAGAAAUUCAGUGUUACUGUUCAACUUCACUUUUCCUUUUAUCUUUUCAGCAUCUGUUAAUUGACCAUGACUGCAAAAUACUGUGUAGGAAAUGAUUGAACUAAGCCUAGGGUCUAGAGGCCACCAGGCCCCCAGAAGCCAUGGUUCCCUAUUAAGUAAGUGAACGCUUAAUAUAGCGAAUGCUGUUUAAUCGACAGCUGAAAGUCGAAACAGCAAAAUCCCGAAGACACGGGCCGUUUUUGUGAUUUUUGUCAUUUCCUCCACUGUGGUGCGAUCUCGGAGUUGGUAUAUUUAAGUAUGGUGGGUGUGGGGGCACACUUUAGUUUGUGUUUUUUUUUUCUUUUUUGCAGACCAGCGAUUUUUUUCCCUGUUUGUUCGGAAUUUUGUGUUUUCGGGUCAAUUAUACAGCGUUCCCUUUUUGAAGCAUUUGCUGUUAUAAUAUAGACACCAAGCCAUAGGGUUGUAGAUAUUCUUAGGUGCAUUGUAGAGCAGUUUCCCAACCAUUUCAUCAGUGAUGAUCUGAACAAAAAUCAUGAGUAAGGAAAUAAAUUCAGACUUGUUUUUUUCUUUCAUUGAAGAAGUAAGUUGUGCCUAACACUUGCUGUUCAAAGCUGAUAGGAUGGUAGCUCACAAUAAAUUGGCAAUACAAAUGUUUGGGGGAAUACAUAUGCUUAACCCCACCAUCACCACCAAUACC